GCCAUUCUGCUUCCGAGUCGUUAGCGGUUAUUAGGCAACUAUUGAAUAAAACACAUGAUUGAAAUAAACUUGCCUGGUGGACUUUAAACUUUCCAACAUGUCUUAAGUCCAGUCUAUGUGGACGCGGAGAGAAAAAACGUAACUCCGGCCGUGUGUGAGGACCUGGGGCCAUGUAGGAGCAUUGAGCUAAAUGAGAAAAAAAACACACUCCACCAUGUCUGAACAAGGGGACUCUCUGGUAACAGGCUCAUUUGUGACUGCGGACUAUGUGGUCUUUGCUCUCAUGCUGUUGGUGUCGGCCGCGGUCGGGGUCUACUUUGCCUGGGCGGACAGGGGCCAGAGAAGCUCUGGGGACUUCCUGAUGGGAGGCCGCAGACUGACGGCCCUGCCCGUGUCCCUGUCCCUGACCGCCAGCUUCAUGUCAGCCAUCACGGUGCUGUCAAAUCCAGUCGAGGUUUACCGCUACGGAGCCAGUAUUGGGUUAUAUGGUCUCUCAUAUGUGAUGAUGGUGGUGGUCACAUCUGAGGUCUUUCUUCCAGUCUUUUACCGGCUCGCUGUCACCAGCACAUAUGAGUAUCUGGAGCUGCGUUUCAACAGAGCAACCCGUCUGCUGGGAACUGCGCUCUUCAUUGUGCAGACGAUCCUCUACACCGGAAUCGUCAUCUAUGCCCCAGCUCUCGCUUUGAAUCACGUGACUGGUAUGGAUCUGUGGGGUGCAGUCAUUUCCACUGGUUUGGUGUGCACCUUUUACUGCACGAUGGGUGGUCUGAAGGCGGUGGUGUGGACUGAUGUCUUUCAGCUCGGCGUCAUGCUUGGAGGCUUCCUAUCGGUUAUCAUCAGGUCUGUGGUCUUACAAGGUGGAGUCUUCCCCAUCAUUUCAGAUUCAGAGGAAGGAGGCAGACUGAAUUUUUGGGACUUUGACACAAACCCUCUGAAAAGACACACUUUUUGGACCAUAACCGUCGGCGGGACAUUUGUGUGGGUCAGUAUCUAUGGGAUCAACCAGGCCCAGGUUCAGAGAUACAUCUCCUGUAAAAGCCUCACUCAUGCCAGAGUAUCUCUGUACAUCAACCUGUUAGGCCUGUGGUCCAUCUUGCUAUGCUCAGUUUUUGCAGGAAUGUGCCUCUACUCCGUCUACAAGCACUGUGACCCGUGGACGGCUGGUCUGGUUUCCGCUCCCGAUCAGCUGAUGCCAUAUUUGGUGAUGGACAUCUUGGGAGACUACCCUGGCCUUCCUGGACUGUUUGUUGCAGCAGCAUACAGUGGAUCUCUAAGUACAGUGUCAUCCAGCAUCAAUGCACUGGCUGCAGUGACAGUGGAGGACCUGAUCAAACCUCACACUCACAUGUCUGAGAAGCACCUGGCCUGGACCUCGAAAGGACUGAGUCUCGCAUACGGGGCGUUGUGCAUUGCAAUGGCUGGACUGGCUUCGCUCAUGGGAGGGAUCUUGCAGGCAGCCAUCAGUAUAUUUGGAAUCAUUGGAGGUCCUUUACUUGGCCUGUUCGCACUGGGUAUCUUGUGUCCAAUAGCCAAUUCCAAAGGAGCUUUGUCGGGUCUUGUGUCAGGCUUGGUCGUGUCCCUGUGGGUGGGCAUCGGAGCCCAGGUAUACCCUCCCCCUCCCGAGUUGACCAGGCCCCUGCCACUGACCACUGACGGCUGUAACUUCACCAUCACAGGCGGCCUCAACUGGACCUCCACGGCUCUGCCCACGCAACUGAUCCCCAUCACCACAGCCCCCGCGCACAACGCAGACAGCAGGCCUGUGCUGGCAGAUAACUGGUACUCUCUGUCCUACCUGUACUUCAGUCCUAUCGGAACAAUAACGGCGGUCGGUGUGGGGCUGAUAGUCAGCCUGUUCACAGGAGGCUGGCAGCUGAAGGUGGAACCGAGGCUUACAUUAAUGAAAGAAGACACAACACUCUAUUACCUCAUCAGGUGUUUCAAAGACAGAGUCAUGACACGAACAGGACGACUUGACCUGACAAAGGACAGGGAGAAAGAAUUUGGCAACACAAAUCCUGCUUUCUGUGAUGUUGAGCUGGACUUAACAAGAAGCAGCAUUUCCCACAUGAAAUAAAAACGUAUAUUUGUGUUGUGAAAUCGAUUCUUAUUUUUGUAAAAAUGGAAGAAAUGUCAAUGAUGGGGUUGGAUAACAGAAAAAAAGGUGUGUAACUUACAACAUGAGAUAUUCGCUGAAAAAAAAUCGGUCACUGGCCACUUCUAAACUGAGCACUACAUUAAAUCCUGCUUAAAUCUGAUAAAAUAUUAAUUCUGGCGUUUGGGGCAGCUGACCUAACAUCCUGUUUGGAGAAAUGCUUCAGAUACAACCUAUAAUACUGAAAUAGAGUCAUUUUUCUUAUUUCUAAAAUGUCUGGACAGUUAUAUUGCAGUUAAUUAGUACAUUGUACGUGUGUACAAGGUGUAUGUGUGUGUUUGUGUGUGUGUACCACGGCAUGUUAGAAGAUUUCCAUACAUUCAUAAAGGACAGCCUGAGUUCAAAGCUUGUAUAUUGAU